GAAAAAGUAAUGAAUAUUUGGAUCAAACUAGUUUUAAAAUGUAAAUUUGAAAACGUAGUACUCAUACCACAUGAUUGAUGUUGUACUUCAUGUGACAGAAUUAGCUCAUCUCACUACCAUGGAGAAGUUGGAUUUAAGUGUUAAUAUGCUAAAUGGCACACCAAGUAUUCAAGAUUGUAGAAGAUUAUCAAGAUUGAAAAAGUUGGAGAGUGUGACUCUUGGUUAUAACAAAUUCAACAAUGGCAUCAUUUCAUGCUUAAGUACUAUUCCAUUCCUCAAGACUCUUGAUCUUUCAUGGAAUUGGUUCGGAGGUUCCUUCCCCAUCCAAGAAUUAGCCCAUAUGACUAACCUCGAGAAGUUGGAUUUAAGCUGGAACAUGUUCAAUGACACACCAAGUAUCCAAGAUUGUAGAAGAUUGUCAAAACUGAAAAAGUUGGAGAGUGUAACUCUUCGCUAUAACAACUUCAACAAGACCAUCAUUUCAUGCUUAAGUGCUCUCUCAUCCCUCAAGACUCUUGACCUUUYAGAGAAUWAUUUGCWARGAGAUUCMUUUCCCAUCCGAGAAUUAUCUGGCUUGAAAGAGUUGGAGACACUUGACUUGAGCUAUUGUGGGCUUGAGUCACUAAUGCUAAAUGGAAUGUCUCCUCUUCCUCUUCCUCAUUUGAAAUUGAAAACCCUUCUUUUGAGGGGUAAUAAUUUCAAUGGAACGCUGCCAAUGGAAGCUUUGGCAUCUUUCAGCCAUCUUGAAGUCUUAGAUUUGGGAGGGAACAAUUUUUUCGGGAGCAUCCCAUCAACAAUACAAGCAUUAUCUUCCCUUCGAGCUGUCUCGUUUGCUUACAACAAUCUCAACGGUUCGUUACCUGACCAGGGUUUAUGUGAGUUGAACAACCUGCAUGAGUUGGAUCUUAGUUGGAACUGGUUUGAUGGAAACCUGCCUCAAUGUUUCAGUAGGCUAUCUUCUCUUAAGCUGUUGGAUAUUUCUACAAAUCAAUUCAGGGGAACACUUCUGCCAUCACUGAUUGCCAAUCUCACAUCUCUUGAGUAUGUUGAUUUUAGUAAUAAYAGAUUUGAAGGUUCAUUCUCAUUAAGCUUGUUCUCCAAUCAUACAAAGCUUGAGGUAUUUAGAUUCGUGUCCAACAAUAACAAAUUCGAGGUUGAAACGGAAGAGCCUAUGGGUUGGAUUCCAAUGUUCCAAUUGAAAGUUCUUGUGCUACCUAGUUGCAAUAUAAACAGGCCUAAAGGAAGUGUCGUUCCCAGGUUUCUACUUCACCAACGCAUGUUGCACGUCAUAGACCUAUCUCACAACUCCUUGGUGGGAAAAUUUCCAAAUUGGUUAAUUGAAAAUAAUACAAUGCUAGAAGCUCUCAAUCUAAGGAAUAACUCUCUUACUGGUAUUAUGUGUAUGCCACGGUAUAGGAAUGCUAACACGAGGUGGUUGGAUGUGUCUGAAAAUCACAUGAAUGGUACUAUUCCGGCUGACAUACAAAAGUUGCUUCCCAGUAUAAGAUACUUAAAUUUGUCAAGCAAUUCCUUAGAUGGCGUUAUCUCAUCUUCGAUUGGUGAUAUGAGACAAAUAUGGGGAUUGGAUUUAUCAGACAAUAAGUUCUCCGGAGAAGUACCGAAGGCAUUUUUUUCAAAUAUCACUUACUUAAGGAUAUUGAAACUAUCAAAGAACAGAUUACAGGGUGAGGUACUUUCAAGAAACAUAAGCUUGGGUCAUAUUGAGAGGCUUGGCUUCAAUAACAAUCAUUUCACAGGGAAAAUUGGAAAUUGGACCUUCCAGAAUCCUUAUAUGGAGAGUUUGGAUAUUAGCAAUAAUCUUUUCACAGGUACGAUCCCCCGUUGGAUAAGUGAUGUGAUGAUGGACAACUCUGAACUUAUAGUGAGCAAUAAUGGGUUUGAAGGCUCGUUUCCUUGCGGAACAACUUCAUUCUCGUUUCUCGAUAUCUCACAUAAUUCUUUCUCAGGCCCGAUCCCAUCUUGCUUGGAUUUCCAAGCGAUGACACAUCUUCAUUUGGGUUCCAACAGAUUCAUUGGACCUAUACCCAAUGCCUUUCAMAAUUUGACUAGUGUUUUAACUUUGGAUAUAGGUUACAACUCCUUGUCAGGAAGGAUACCUGAAUUUCUUGGUAAUCUAUCCUAUUUAAGGAUUCUUAUUUUGAGAAAAAAUAAUUUUAGUGGUUCUAUUCCGAAACCAUUGUGCCAGUUAAGUAAUGUGAGUUUGAUAGACUUAUCGAGUAACUCUCUUUUUGGUUCAAUACCGAGCUGCCUACAAAAGAUUAUGACCUCUGUCUACCCUGCUUUCGAACUAAAAGUGCAAAGUUCACACGGUAUGUCACUAUCUUAUGCCUAUCAUAGUGUUAUUUAUAGAUACACAUAUGAUGGCAGUUAUAGUCCGACAUCAUUUCAAGCACAAGAUGAGGUUUACUUCACAACAAAAGCUCUUUCUCACCCUUACAAAGGUAGCAUCCUUGAUUUGUUGAUGGGAUUGGAUCUAUCUUGUAACAAACUAACAGGUAAGAUCCCAAAAGAACUAGGGUCGUUGAACCGGAUUUACUCUUUGAACCUGUCUCAUAAUCAGUUGACUGGAACCAUUCCAAUGCAGUUCUCAAAUCUUGAAAAGAUAGAGAGUUUGGACCUUUCUUCAAAUUGGUUGAGAGGCGAAGUUCCACCACAAUUGAUUAAGCUUACUUUUCUAUCCGUUUUCAAUGUUUCUCACAACAAUCUAUCUGGUAGACUCCCUGAAAUGAAAGCACAAUUUGGUACCUUUACCAAGGCRAGCUAUGAAGGGAAUCCACUUCUUUGUGGACCACCACUCGAUAAGAAAUGCAUGACUACGUCAUAUGUGAACGAUCCAUCGACUAAAGAUGGCAGUGAUAAAUGGUAUGAUAUCGAUAUGGCUUUCUUCUAUGGAAGUUCUGGUUCGACAUGGGUUGUGUUCUUGUUGGGAUUUGUUGCGACUMUUUACAUCAAUCCUUAUUGGCGUAGAAGGUGGCUAGACGUGGUUGAAGAAUGUAUGUAUACUUGUUAUUAUUUCCUUGAAGAUUCUGUAUGUAAGGUCUCUAUGCUCUUUCGUAAAUAAACUUAUUUGAGAAUGUGUGAUAGAAUAAGCCGAAACCAGAGCUCCUAUGUAUUUGCAGUACUCUUCCAAUUAUGAGCAGAUCACAUGAUUAUGAAAAAUGGUUUCCCCU